UGCAUGCAGUUUUGCUACAAGCAUGACAACUUAACCUUGUAACUUAGUUUUCCGGAUUAAUUACAUAAUGUAUCAUAAUGCUAACAAACUUUAUUUUACGAUGACUUAAAAAGAACGAAAUAGAAAUAUUGAUGUCAUAAACGCAUAACGGCAUUAGAACUUUUAUAUUUAGAACAAAAUUAAUUAAAUCGGAACAAAUUGAGGUUAUAUAGAAUUCAUGAAUAUCAUUUAUGACUGAUAGAAAGCUCGAAUAAUGAUAACAGUGCGGUGGUGUCAACACUUAUUUCGUACUGGAAAAUGUUUAACAUCUUAUAUUCAAUCUAGUCAAAGCAGAUGUGUCAUUAAUCAAUUAUAUUCUUGCAAUAAAAUUCAUGUUUCAUCUUUUACACAGGAGAAACAGAAUGCCGAAAAUUACAAAAUAUCCACGCAAGACGUGCUAAAGCCUGUUAAACUUUUAUUAGAUGAAACAACACACUUAAAAGCAGCAAAUGUACAGUCACAACAGAAAAAUGCGACAUUUGCUGCAAAAAUAGUUAAUAAUUCUCCACCUCAAAUACGACCAUACUUGAAGCUAAUAAGAAUGGAUAAACCAAUAGGAUCUUGGCUAUUGUUCUGGCCCUGUGGUUGGAGUAUAGCCAUGGCAGCACCACCAGGUGCACUACCAGAUCUACAACUUCUAGCUCUUUUUGGAGCAGGUGCAUUCAUUAUGCGUGGUGCAGGAUGCGUCAUAAAUGAUAUGUGGGAUCAAGAUAUUGAUGGAAUGGUAACUAGAACAAAAGAUAGACCAUUGGUUACUGGAGAAAUUUCACCUCUACAAUCACUGAUUUUUCUUGGAAGCCAAUUAACUUUGGGAUUACUUGUAUUGUUACAACUCAAUUUAUAUAGUAUUAUAUUGGGUGCAAGUUCACUAGUUUUAGUAAUAUUAUACCCUGUCAUGAAAAGAGUAACCUAUUGGCCACAAUUAAUAUUGGGAAUGACUUUUAAUUGGGGUGCUCUUUUGGGUUGGUCUGCUGUGCAUGGAUCAUGCGAUUGGCUUAUAUGUUUACCUCUUUAUAUCUCUGGAGUUUGUUGGACACUUUUAUAUGAUACUAUAUAUGCACACCAGGAUAAAAUGGAUGACAUUAUAAUAGGCAUAAAGUCAACAGCUUUAAAGUUUGGCAACAAGACAAAAACUUACUUAAGUGGCUUUAGUGCUGUCAUGAUAACAGGUUUAAUUUUAUCAGGUGUAUUAGUUUCUCAAACUUGGCCAUAUUAUACAGCUGUAGGAUUAGUUGGUACUCAUCUUACUAAUCAGAUUUAUAAUUUAAAUAUUAAUAAUCCUGCAGACUGUGCUAAAAGAUUCAUCUCCAAUCACAGAAUAGGAAUGAUUCUAUUUGCAGGAAUCGUUUUAGGAAAUUUCAUGAAGGAUUCUAAGCAUAAAAAGGAUGCCAGUGUUGCCCAGAAAUUGCGCAAAGAAUCUACUACUACUGAACAGCAGCAGCAUUAGUUGCAGUAUUUCAAUGAAUGAUAACUGUAACUUUAUGAUUAUCUGUAUAACAGUGUACAUGAUAAGCAAGAGAAAGAUGUAAAUGACUGGCAGGUUCCAGUGAAUUACAAAACUUAGUUCCAAUCGUGUGCCAUUAAAUAAUCUCAGUUUUUAAUUUUGUACAGUACCGCUAUCGAAAUUGUGAGAACUAUAGGUCGCACCUUGAAAAAUUGUAAGUAGACGGUUUUCAUUUACAAUAACUUUACAAAGGUACACCAAAGAUUACACCAUUGUAUAUAACGAUUAAGUUUACAAUUUUAAACUUAAAGUAUUGAUCAUAACAAAAAAGAAUAGUACAAAGCAAUACAUUUUUGUUAUUUCAAUGUUUGUUCUGUUCUUGAAAUACACAAACAUUUAUUAAAAAUUAUAUGAAAAAUACAUAGCAAAUGAUUAACA